AAAACUUUACGUAAUGACGCAGUUCAUUGAAGGAGAGGGAAGGCUCAGUCCGCCACCGUCCUGAGAGAAGAAUCAGUCAUGUCUUCGAAACUUUGCAAGCUUUUUGUCGGAGGACUGAACGUGGAGACCACGGAUGAAGGUCUCCGCGGGUACUUCGAGCAGUAUGGCGCGCUCACGGACUGUGUUGUGGUGAUGAACCAGCAGCUCGGCAGGUCCCGUUGUUUCGGCUUCAUCACCUACUCGGCGCCAGAGGAGGCCGACGCGGCAAUGGCGGCUAAGCCACAUGUUGUAGAAGGGAACAACGUGGAAUUGAAGAGGGCCAUCGCCCGGGAGGAUGCGAACAACCCAGACAUCGUCGCCAACGUCAAGAAGAUUUUUGUCGGCGGUGUGAAAGACCACGUGGAGGCCGAGAACCUCACCGAGUAUUUUUCUCAGUUCGGCCGGGUGGAGAAGUCCGAGAUCAUCUCCGACAAGCAGACCGGCAGAAAGCGAGGCUUCGGCUUUGUCUACUUCGAGGACACUGACUCCGCCACCAAGGCGGCGCUCGCCAAGUACCACACCAUCAGCGGGAACAAGGUGGAGGUGAAGAAAGCCCUCACCAAGCAGGAGAUCUCCACCGUCGGCCGCGGACGGGGCCGGGGCAGAGGCGGGCAGAACUACGGCGGUAGAGGAGGCGGCGGCUAUGGCGGAAGCUACGGCGGGGGGUACGGUGGCGGCGGCUAUGAAGGCGGGUACGGCUACGGCUACAACGGCAGUGGGGGCUACGGCGGCGGCGGUGGCUACGGAGGAUACGACGACUACGAUAACCAGAUGGGCUCUGGAUACAGCAACGGGGAUUUCGGGCACGGGUAUGGACAGCAGCAGUCGAGCUAUGGAGCGAUGAAAGGGGGGAGCUACUCCUACCGGAGCGGAGCUCCGUACAGAGGCGCCGGUGGAGGUGGGGGCUACGGCCGGGGUGGCGGAUAUGGCGGCGGGUAUUAGAGCCCCCACAACAUGCUGAGAUUUCACCGGGGGGGUCAAUCGAUACGGACUUGAAUCUUCACACAUCACACAAUACCUUGCGGGGGCGAGCGGUCUCUGUUGCAUCACGAGCUGCGCCCCUUUCAAGUGACUGACCCAGAUCCGCCGCCCCCGCACAUUAUGGACCUUACUACUACUAAGAAUUAUCAGCUGUAUUUUUGUUGUGUUUUUAAACAGAAUUUUCUCGUUUUGACCCAUUUGUAAAACUGUAAUCGUUGACAGUCCCGCUUCGCAGCUCGUCUUUCUGUCCGGCCGGAUCAGUUCAUCUGUUUUGUUUGCAUCAUAAUCUCAGGGUUCAAAGAGAAAUCGGAGGCAGUGUCUAGUAGCACGGUUCUAGAUUAAUGUUCGAGGUUUUUUUUCCAUCUUAAUAUUUUUGUGGCAACAAAAUUUUUCUGAAAAUGUCACGGAAUUUUGAGUGUAAUUUCCUUUUUCUUCCCCUAUUACGAUGUUUUGUUUAGAUUAAAAAAAUUGAAGUCGAUGUGUUCAGUUCAGCCCUAUGUUUUUAUUCUGAUUUUAUUAAAGUUUUUAAUGUUUCACACACCUAA